UGAUAAUUCAGAAAUCUAUCCAAUAAGAAGCGGGUUGUGAAAUGUCUGUCGAAUGUCAAACGUCAUCCCGUUUAUAAGUCGAGGUUAGAAAGUAAAAUUCGCACAGCAGCAGCGCCGAGCACACACACAGUGCGGUGCAUACGAGUGGAGCGACUGUGGAGAGGCCACAAGAGAAAUCCGGAUCAAAGAUGGUGUGCUCGUAUCGAUCGGGCUCGUUGUAAAUAAAUCGCGGCCGGGUGCGCGCCGCGAUGUAAACAUGUAGUUGCGGGCGGACGAACGUGCGCGUGUGGCUUCGACGGGGGCGGCCGAGUGUGUGUAUUAUGCUCGACGAGCAUGACAUGAGCUCGCAAACGUUGGAUAUCUUGCGCCAGGGGGUGUGGGCCUCGCUCACCGGCGGCUGGUUCUACGACCCCCAUCAGGACGUGUUCUCGAACACGUUCCAUCUGUAUCUUUGGUUGUUCUUGCUUUGCUUGCCGUUCACGAUUUACGUGUACUUUCCUCCGACUGAAUUUCUAUGGUACUUGUACUGCACUGCCAUCACAGUGGUGUUUGCCACCAUCAAGCUCAUCAACUAUGGUUUGCACCACAUGUAUGAUCAUAAUGAGUGCAUACAUGAGCAGAUUGAUGAUGAAUGGACUGAACCAAAGAGAGAGGAUGAAGGCAUUGAAUUACAAGUGUUGAAUGCAACUGGUAAUUCAACAGAAUGUGAAUUGAAGACAAAACCUGAAGGAUGCUCACUGCAGUCCUUUGGUGGUGAGAUUGGAGUGUGCAGUACUGACAUUGAUAGUUUUGAGUCAGGGGAAUACCAAAGAAUGGAAGCUGUUGAUGCCAAACAGUCAAGCACAAUAGAUUUAAAAGCAGACGUGCAUCGAAAAAACUCAUCCGAGAGCAGCGAAGAGCUCCCGGAUAACAUUCAAACAGUGCCCGAUAACGACGCCUUCCACGUGCAGAUCGUCCCGGAAACGACGCGCAAGGAACCCAAACGGCACGUGAACAACAGCACUGAACCUAAUCUAAGGAAACUCUCCCCGCCGGCGGGCGUGGACGUCAACGAGGCAGAGUUUGCCUUCUCCGGCGCCAUCGACUACCGCCGACAUUCGAAUUUCAGCCAAAGUUGGCUCGGUAUGGUGGCGCGACCGUCGCAAAUGACCGCCACCGGCUCCUUAGAAUUGAACUACAUCGAUAAAAAGUUCAAUCAAGCGCUCAUCGACGGUUACUUUAGGUACAAUAAUGUUGGCGUGCGUCGCAUUCGUUCCACUGCGCUGGAAAAAUGCUGUCCGCCGCCAGCGCUAUCCGCCCAUCCGAAUAGUUUGGAGAUUAUCGGCGUUGGUAGCAGCGGUGUGAAGACGAAAAACCCGCUGCCACCGCCGAGUAAUACUCUCACACGCAAUCAACACUUAAAUCUAUGCCCUUACUACGGAUCGGAAAUAGUUUAUCCCAUAGCUGAACAAUCGGACGAACACCAAACCAGCCAUGGACCGGACACGGACUUGGACUCCAUGGCGCAUGUGUCUGAUAGUGAUUACGAGGAGAAUCGAGGUAGUCGGUCUCCGCUCUUGUUGCGAAAUAUUUACCUGGAGGCCGAGAGCCUACGGAAAAAGAUGCAGUCGAUGGGCGACCGGCAGAGUGCGACUUCAAAGGACGCGCUUUUAGAUAAUGACAAUUCGAAUUCCAGUGCAACGCCGGAGAUACAGGACGCGCGCGUUGAUAACUGUGAUAAUGACAGCGAGAAGAAACUUAGUGACUUAUCGAGUGGUAGUUCGACGAGUGUGGACGUGGUGUGUGAGUUGCGGGCGGAAGAAGCGCCCUCGACGGCGAAACGAACAAAGAUUCAGAGGGAAGAGGAUGCCGUUGUUGAAGAUGGUGCGAAAGCGCUCGAGCCAUCAACCGGUGCAAUCAAGCGGCGGAACUGUCGACGUAAUCGUAAGAAAAAAGCGGGAGAUUUUAAAUCGAAGCGACCUGCGACAACUUCCGGUAGUAAUCAUCGUCUAGGAGAAUCAGAAAAUAGUCUUGUCGAAUUAGACCUCGACUGGUUAUUUGACGAUGAAAACGAACACGUUAAAUACAAAGAUGGUAAAAGUGAUUGGUGCGGUGGACGACCAUCCGGAUGCGUAGAGGAAGAUGUAAGUAAAGUUCUUCAAGAAGCGCCACCGCGUAGUCUAGGCGCAAUUCCGAAAAAACGCGAAAAUCGUCGCCAUAGCAGCGCGGAAGAAAAAACCCGCAAAGUUGCGAAGUCUGAUUCUGAACGUUCCGAACGACAUCGUCGCAAAGACGAGCGUUUCAAUCGGAAUCGGUCUGUGAAGGAAUACGUCAGUACACAGACGUGUCUAGUCGAAAGCCCCGUCGAAGGCCUGGAAUGUCUGGUAACGCAACCACGCCAUCGCAAACUGAGCCACACGCGCCGCCAUUCGACGAAACCCUUCAUUGAAUUACCCGUCGACACGUAUCAAGAAGCAUCGUCGAGUGGUAGCAACACCGAACUCAGUACCCUUCUACCCCCACAAACUUUCCUGCAAGCAUUUCUCGUGUCACGAAGGGAAUUCUCAAUGCUACCGGUGUGUUUACCGAAUGAACGGAGCACAUCACCCACCGCAUGUCAACGAACCAGCGCGCCAACACAUCAUCAUAAGUUGAAACGCAGCGCGCAGAUAUGCUCCCGUGGGACACGCGGGCGCAUGUCGCAGAGAGACAGCGCCAUUUUGACCACGCUCUCAUCCGGUCAUGGUACGCACUGCGCGAAAAGUUUUAAUGAUACAAGCGAUGGAUCAGUGCAUUGCUUUCAAGACGAGCAUGGUAAUUGGAUAACGUAUACUUUUGAUGAGAAAGGCGUGGGUACAGCAAACAUGGCGGUGACCACCGCAAGUAAACCCGAUUGGGAGAAUAAUACUGAACCAGUUGAUAAUAAUUCGGUCUCUAUCAUUAUGGAUCCACCUCAGCGGUCGCUGAUGUUUGUCCCGCCGAGGCAAGUCACCCGGGCGAGAAUUUACGCGCAUCCUAUGCAGGUAAAUCUCGAUAUGGACGAUCGCCGGAUACAUAGAUCUAUUUCCGAACAAGUCCGGCAGCGAAUGCUUAGCGCGCAGGCUACAUCCGAGACUAAUCCGUUAUCGUUGCGAGAAAUGAUGAAUCCGCUUCAAUAUCGCAUGCAGAAUGCGGCGGACACGCUGAAUAACAACAAUCCACGUACAAAGAGCUACUAUAAGUUUCGACUAUUUCCGUUUUCAUUUGUCAAAGUCAAAAUGGAUCGCCUUAAGUUGUUGGCACUCUUGGAUCGGAAUCUAACGCUGUUUGAAACAGUCGUGGCGUCGUUACUGGGCAUUUUCGUGUCUGUUUUCGGCGCGUUGUUAUUGUAUCAGCAGUUCUACACGGAUAUACAUGCAUUUAUCUUUUGUUUCAUUAUUGCGGGCAGUCAAUACUCGCUGAUGAAAAGUGUGCAGCCAGAUGCCGCCUCACCGACGCACGGCUUCAAUCGUGUGAUUGCAUAUUCACGCCCGAUUUACUUCUGUUUAUUUUGCGGAUUAAUUCUACUUGUUGAUGCGUGCGUUGAUGAGGAAGAGGAUUUUACGGCCGUUUCACUUUAUGGUGUGACGUUAACGAACAACGAAGCAUUAAUUUUGACGCGCAACUUUUUGGUCACAUUUGUAUUGUUUUUUCCGCUAUUGUUCUCGCUGGGUUUGUUCCCGCAGAUCAAUACGUUCCUCCUCUACGUGCUGGAGCAGAUUGAUAUGCAUGUGUUUGGAGGUAACGCGAUGUCCAGUCUCUGGGCGGCGUUUUAUUGCGUGUUCCGUUCGAUGCUUGCUGUGAUAAUCAUGUACGGAUUGGCGUAUGGUGGACUGUGUGAACCGAAAGGCUCGCAGCAUGUUUUAUUCUCGAUAUUUUGCGCGUGUCUGGUGUCUUGUUCAUAUCACCUCAGCCGGAUGGCGAGUGAUCCGACACAUGUGUGGAAUAUGUUGAAGAAGAAUCUUUGGCCGCCGGAUAUUUACAAAGAGCAUAAACGUACCCCACGGGUCAGCAGCGAUGAGAAAAUUAAUGAAAGCGGUGAAAAAACGAAGGAUACAAAUGUUGAUUGUGAUGAUGCUGAUGUAGAAAAGGGGGAUGUGCCGGACGUGCGUGAAGCCGACACCAAAGAGGUGGAUGUCGAUCCGUUGCCAAAGAAGUUACAGAAGACAGUAAAUGCACGCCUGACUAGUGAUGUGCUCCUGUGUGGAAUAAUCGCCAUUUUGGUGUUUGGAAUUCACGCCAGUACGGUUUUCACCGCUUUGCAACCGGAAUUGAGUCCGGUUUUAUGGGGUACUGCGGCAGCAAUGGGGUUUCUGUUGCAUUACAUCAUUCCACAGAUGAGGAAACAAUUGCCAUGGCUUUGUAUUGCCCGUCCUGUGCUUAGAUCACUUGAGCAUUAUCAAUAUCAAGUGCGGGGACCAGCGAAAAUCAUGUGGUUUGAACGGGUUUUUGUAUACUUGUGUUUUAUUGAGAGGAAUAUUCUGUAUCCGUUGUUAUUUCUUGCCGCUUUGACUGAAGAAGCACCGAAAGUUGCGGAGAAAUUCGGUACGCUGUUGGGAGCGUUGAUUGUCGUCGUUUGUGGAUUGAAAUGUUUGAGGAAUUCCUAUUCGGAUCAAGGCUCGCAAUACCUGAUACUUACGUUUACUGCGUUGUUCUCCAAAUACGACUAUAGCAUCUUUCAAGAGAGUUUCCUUGUGGAUUACUUUCUCAUGGGCAUUAUUUAUAGUAAAACAUAUGAACUUUUACUAAAGGUGCAAUUUGUUGUAACUUACAUUGCUCCUUGGCAAAUCACAUGGGGAUCAGCUUUCCAUGCCUUUGCUCAACCAUUUUCAGUUCCUCACUCUGCCAUGCUCUUUGCGCAAGCGAUUAUUUCAGCCAUUUUGUCAACGCCAUUGAAUCCUUUUUUAGGGAGUGCAAUUUUUUUAACAUCUUACGUUCGACCCGUCAAAUUUUGGGAGCGUGAUUACAACACACGGAGAGUGGAUCAUUCAAACACGCCACUAUCAUCACAUCUGGAGCGUAAUCUCGGCGCGGACGAUAACAACUUGAAUUCGAUUUUCUACGAGCAUCUGACGCAAUCACUGCAGCAUUCGCUCGCGGGAGAUUUGAUUAUGGGCCGCUGGGGACCGAUUAGCCAAGGCGAUUGCUUUGUUCUUGCUUCGGACAAUCUCAACUGUUUGGUGCACAUUAUUGAAUUGGGAAACGGCUUGGUCACAUUCCAAAUGCGAGGAUUAGAAUUUCGUGGGACGUAUUGUCAACAGAGAGAAGUCGAGGCUAUCACAGAGGGGGUUGAAGAGAAUGAUGGAUGUUGUUGUUGUGAUCCUGGACAUUUACCGGGCAUGUUAAGCGUAAACGCAGCGUUUAGUCAACGCUGGCUUGCGUGGGAAGUCACAGCUGCUAAGUAUGUCCUGGAAGGAUAUAGUAUAUCGGACAACAGCGCAGUGUCCAUGCUGCAGGUGAUAGAUUUUCGUAAAGUACUAGUCACAUAUUACGUUAAAAGUAUCAUAUUUUAUGCUGUACGUUCAUCGAAACUGGAAGAUUGGUUGAGUUCCAGUUCGAUUCUAAAGGCGCUCGAGCCAAUGCAAGAACGUAACUUUGUUGAUCUUGAUCCGGUGUUCAAUUUUAACUUUGACGAAGACUUCGACCUAAGUGCCUGCGGCAUGACACGCUCCAUGUUCUUUCAGAUUUAUAGCGAAUGGAUUGCGUACUGCGUCAGUAAAAAUGAGAAGAAUAUUGAUGUAGCUAACGGUUCAAGCUUGGUUCUUUUGUGUUUUGCUUUAAGUUUACUUGGACGAAGAACAUUGAGUGCAGCAUCCCACAACACCGUAUCCAGUGUGGAGUUUUUCCUGCAUGGCCUGCACGCUUUGUUCAAGGGUGAUUUUCGAAUAACAUGCGCCCGAGAUGAGUGGGUCUUUAUUGACAUGGAUCUCAUACGCACUGUGGUUGCUCCCGGUGUUCGCAUGUCUCUAAAACUGCAUCAGGAUCAUUUCAUGACGCCUGAUGAGUAUGAAGAGUUGCCGGCACUGUACGAGGCGAUCUGUAAACACGAAGAGGAGUUGGUGAUUUCACAUGAAGGUGAUCCGGCAUGGAGAAGUGCUGUAUUGAGUGGCACUCCAAGUUUACUAGCAUUAAGGCAUGUUCUGGACGAAGGCAAUGACGAAUAUAAAAUCAUCAUGCUGAAUAAACGCUUUCUAAGCUUUCGGGUGAUAAAAAUUAACAAGGAGUGCGUACGCGGCUUGUGGGCCGGCCAGCAGCAGGAGCUGGUGUACUUGCGCAACCGCAAUCCGGAGCGCGGCAGCAUACAAAACGCCAAACAAGCUUUAAGAAAUAUUAUUAAUUCAUCUUGUGAUCAGCCCAUCGGGUACCCCAUUUAUGUCUCACCGUUGACCACCAGUUAUGCGGAGACCAAUGAGCAGCUAAAUAGUUUAAUCGGUGGGUCGGUGAGUCUUGGAAAGAUUCACAACUAUGUGUUAAAUUUAUUCAGAAGGAUUCGAAAACGUUGCGGUGAAGGAUGUUCAAGCGGUGGAUCAGCGCGUGAUGAGUUAGGAAUCGGACAUGAAGGAGUCUACGCAAUGGCGCCGGUAACAACUUUGACAACGCAUAACACUGGUAGCCAAUCGACGGAUGGAUCUCAUCUUUGUGGAAGUAUCGGUCGUGGUUCCAGUUUAAGUCGAACUUCAUUGGCUGCAAAUCGAGGCAGUUUAGCGUCGAUGGGCAAACCGACAAGUUCAACAUUAGCGAAUCUCGCUGGAUUGUUCAAAGACCGCGAUGAUCGUACGACUAUUUCGCAACAGUCGGACAAAUCAACCAGUGAAUCUCAACAGGAGACGGAGAUGAUCGAAAAAGACGCUGUUUUAUUCCAAAGAGUUAAAAUUGUAGAUCCAAAUCUAGUCUACGACGGUAUCAAUAAAGGUCGACGCAUUGACGUCUGUUGGCCGAAUGAAGGCAUGCGACAUCGCGGCGGACGAUCUUAUUGGAAUGACUGGUGUCCGGAAGUUGGUAUGGAAGGAUUAGUUGUUCAUAAAUGGAUUCCAUCGCACCGUGAUCUCAAUCGGAGAUCACACGUAGAUAGAACCAUUCUUCUUGUGCAAAUCGAGGACAAAUACAUUCCGAUUGGCGAGAACGGCGUGCAGCUGGUCGCCAUUACUACGACGACGACGACAAUGACCACCACGACGACGAACACCAUCCCGAGCAGCGAGCGUGAAAGCUAACAGACAUGCUGUAUCGCACGCGGGUCAGGUACAGAGGUAAUCUUACAUUACCCCGACUAAAAUCACAGUGAGACUAUGUUAAUUCGAGAGACGCGAGGGAAGGACGACUAGCAUAACUGCCAUUCGAGAGGCAUUCAUCUACAUACAGGAAUAUCACAAGUAAGCAUUCAACUAAACAAUCAGUAACAUUUGUCAUUAUCCUAGCAGCUCAUAUAACAGGAAAAAAUAUGAAAAUUGAUACACACACGUUGUAAGGCUCUGCUGCCUGUAUGUUUAGGCUAUUUUAGUGCUUCCCAAAGAAAGUUACUCAUACAUUUUGCUUGCAUAACGAGCAAACGAGAAAUAAUCAUUGACAAAUGAUACAAGUUCAUCUAUCAAGAUAUAUAAACUAAUAUAAAACUAACAUUUUGAUUGUUUAAAGUUAAACAAAACCAGACAAAAUGAGCGUAACGCGAUUGUUUAAAGUUAAACAAGAAAAAGGAUUUAAAAAAUACGAUGUUGCCUUAAGAUUGAUAGACUGAUUUUUAUGUGUAUUUAUUUUUUUAACAAAGCCCAAAAUAAGGAUAACUAAUUAUGUAAAUAUUAUUAAUAUUAUUACCUAUAAUUAAAGGAGUAAAUCACUACUGAUGAAAGGUCAACAAACUAAAAGCCAAUGACAAUUUGAUGAGGUGUUGUAAACACUUUUUGGGGUUUCAGUAACAUUAAUGUUUUGACUGUGUAAUUAGUUUAUGCAAAAAACUAAAGAAAUACUUGUUAUUGCUAAUUGUAAUUAAGUCUAGAACAAUGUUUUCUUUUUUUUUUCCUUUUGAAUUUCAUUCUUGUGUUUCACACAUUUGGUUUUUGUUAAAAAUCAUAUAAAAAUUUAUUUCAUUGGUAUCUUAGUUGUGUUAUGUAUAAUACAUUGUUGCUUGUUGUUUCAUUCUUCCACUAACAAUAACUGGCCUAUGAAACAAACUAGAAAAGUUUAUGAUUUAUAUUUAAGUACAAUAAAUAUUUCUGAAAGUU